AUGGAGGCCGAGGCGGCGCACGCCACGGCGGUGCUGCGCGGGCUGGCGGCGCUGCGGGCCGAGCGGGCGCUGCUGGACGUGACGCUGGUGGCGGGCGGCGGCGAGUUCGGGGCGCACCGCGCGGUGCUGGCGGCCGCCUCGGGCUACUUCCGCGCCAUGUUCGGCGGCGGGCUGCGCGAGGCGCGCGCGGCGCGGGUGCGGCUGCACGGCGUGGAGCCCGAGUGCCUGGCGCUGCUGCUGGACUUCGCCUACACCGGGCGGCUGGGCGCGCUGGGCGGCGGCGGCGGCGGCGGCGGCGGCGCGGGGGCGGCCGGGCUGGCCGAGCGGCUGCUGCGCGCCGCCGACCUGCUGCAGUUCCCGGCCGUGAAGGCGGCGUGCGGCGCCUGGCUGGCGGCGCGGCUGGAGCCGGCGGGCGCGCUGGAGACGCAGGACUUCGGCGAGGCCUUCGCCUGCGCGCCGCUGGCCGCCGCCGCGCGCCGCUGCGUCCUGCGCCACGCCGCCGAGCCGGAGGGCGAGCUGGGCGCGCAGCUGGAGCGGGUGCCGCUGCCGCGCCUGCUCUCCUACCUGCGCGACGACGCGCUGCGCGUGCCCAAGGAGGAGGCGGCCUUCGCGCUGGCGCUGCGCUGGGUGCGCGCCGAGCCCGCCGCGCGCGCGCCGCAGCUGCCCCAGCUGCUGGCCCACGUGCGCCUGCCCUUCGUGCGCCGCUUCGCGCUGCUGGCCCAGGUGGAGGGCGAGCCGCUGGUGGCGCGCUCGCCGGCCUGCCUGCGCCUGGUGGCCGAGGCGCGCCUCUUCCAGGCCGGCCGGCUGGACCGGCACGAGCGCGCGCCCUGCGCCCGCCUGCGCCCGCGGCCCUCCACCGGCCUGGCCGAGAUCCUGGUGCUGCUGGGCGGCUGCGACCGCGACUGCGACGAGCUGGCCACCGUCGACUGCCUGGACCCGCGCACCGGCCACUGGCGCUACCUGGCCGAGUUCCCCGAGCGCCUGGGCGGGGGCUACAGCGCCGCCGCGCUGGGCAACGACGUCUACGUCACCGGCGGCUCGGACGGCUCCCGUCUUUACGACUGCGUCUGGCGGUACAACUCCAGCGUGAACGAGUGGACGGAGGUGUCCCCAAUGCUGAAGGCCCGGGAGUACCACAGCUCCGCCAUCUUGGACGGGCUUCUCUACGUGGUGGCGUCCGACAGCACCGAGCGGUACGACCACACGCUGGAUAGCUGGGAGCCCUUGCAGCCCAUGCUGUACCCCAUGGACGACUGCUCCACCACCACCUAUCGCGGCAAGCUGUAUGCCACCGGCUCCCUGGCCGGGAAGGAGUCCAUGGUCAUGCAGUGCUACGACCCCGAGUCAGACCUGUGGUCUCUGGUGAACUGCGGGGCGCUGCCCUCCUGGUCCUUUGCGCCCAAGGCGGUCACUCUCGGCGGGCUCAUGUACUUCGUAAGGGACGACUCUGCUGAAGUUGAUGUCUACAAUCCAGCCAAGAACGAGUGGGAUAAAAUUCCCCCCAUGCUCCAGGUGCACGUUGGGGGAAGCCUGGCCGUCCUUGGGGGAAAGCUUUACGUCUCUGGCGGUUAUGACAACACUUUUGAACUUUCCGGGAUGCUGGAAUCGUAUGAUCCGGAGACCCGCAAGUGGAGCGUGGCCGGCCAGCUGCCGGAGCCGAUCUUUUGGCACAGCAGCGUCAGCAUCUUCCGCCAGUUCGUGCCAGAGACGCUGGAGGACGACGAGGAGAGGACCGCGGAAGAUGCCCUCAGCGCCAGCCUUUACAGCCAGGAGCUGCGUUAACGCGUGGGGAGCUUGCUGCUGCGGCUUGAAGGCGGCCGGUAGUCCCACGUCAUUCCUUUGGCGUGGAAGGCAGCAGGACCCCAUUGGCACUCGCAAGGACAACGCUGGCUGGCGCGCUCGGUCGUCUCCAGCAACCCCGUUCCAGGGAGCCUCCGUGAACCUUCUCUUUGGAGAACCCGCCCGGGAAGAGGGCGGCGUCGCAGGUUAACUGGGGCGGGGGGCAGAAGCCUGGGGGUUCAGUACUGGAGCUGGGCUUGGGGGCAGGUGGGGAGAAGGUGGAACCCUUUAAUGGAAGGUCUUCCUGAAGGGCCUUCGUGCGAGGGAAGGGUCACUCCAGAGGCCCUCGGAAGCGCCGCCUGGGGCGCAGAGAGGGGCAGGAGCGUGUCCGUUUCCCCCUCUUGCUCCUUGACGUAACUCAGAAUCCGUCGGUCAAGUUUCUGUUACAAGACGUGGUUGUCAGAAGGGCCACAGAAAUAAGGCCUCCAUCUGGUCUGCUGUGGGCGAGGGGAGCUUGGAUUGGGGUUCCUGCUCUGAGCUGGGGGUGGGGGUAGACGCCCUCGACGGACCCUUCCCAUCUUCUGUUUCUGUAUUGAUGGAGGGGGAGCACCCGGGUACCUGUCCUCACACUGAGCAGCGGGGUGGGACUAGAUGAUCUCAAGGCCCCCUUCCAACCCGCACAUUUCUGCAAUUCUGCGGCCCGGGCCAGGCGAGCCAGGACGACCACGGCCGGAAGGGCACUGCAGACGCACUGGAGGAUAGGUGAUCUCUGUCGCUUGCCACGGUAAUGGCUUGAUCUCCAAAUCUGCGGUCCGUUUCCCCUCCCUCCCUCCCUGCAGCACUGGUGGAGCUGUGCUUGAUCUGCCUGCUGGGGAGAUCCAAUUCUGGGGGUAAGAAACUGCACAUCGGGCCCAUGUGCCUUGGAGGAAAAAAAGCCUCGUGUUAAUUCCUCGGGAAAACAUUGAGUAAGUUUGACCCCUUGGAUGGUGGGCAGCGCGAGGACUGCGCACAGGCAUCAGUUUACCUGCCGCGUGUGAUGUGCAGAUGGAACCCCCCCCCCCUGCGAGAGUUUUCUCAGCCGAACCCCAAUUUGGGGGGUGUCUUUGAGACUGACAUUUCCGCAUCAUGCCCUGGAAAUGUGGCACCACGAUGGCCGAUUUGGGGCCAUGUGGCAUUUUGAGAGUGGUUUCUGCAAAAAUGAGAGAGAGAUUACAUUAUAUUGAUUGCCCGCAAUGCAAAAUUCAUGUUUCACUCUUCGCGCGCUCUCCCACAUGGAGAAAUGGUGACAUCGGUGCAUCGUCAGUCCUCUGAGGCCAAAAUAGGUAUUUUGAACAUUUCAGAAGUUGUUUUUGUUUUUGUUUUUUUGAAAAGGCUGCUUUACCUGCCUUACAUCCCCGGAUGUUCUAAAACUUAAUUUUCUUUUUUCCUCUUUCACUCGGGCAAGCAGAAAAAUGCUGGCUCGCUCCCGGCAUGGCUUCAGAUGGAGACCCUCAUUUGCUUUGCAGCCCUGUCCAAAAACAAAACAGAUCAGCACAUUCACCUUCCAGGUGGAUGAUCCUGGUGGAUUUCAUGCAUGGAUUGUCGUCUUCGGGCCUGGCACGCUGUGCGCAGCCGGGGUUUGACAAACCACAACGAAACAAACCUAUGAUUUAGCAAAAUGGCAAACAGAAGGUGGUGCCUUCUGAAUUUUUGACCCACUCGUCAAAAGCAUUGAUCCUUUUUCACCCUUCCUCUGAAUGACCAGCUUUGGUCAUUUAUCAAAUUAGGAGUUUUUGAAGUUGCUCGUUGGGCUUUUUUCAAAAAGGGAUGAAUUAGCAUCCCGCCUCUGCCAUUCACAAAGCGGGUUCACGUCUUGGGAAAACUCUACCCUUGGCAGUUUUUAAGGAGGGCGUUCCCAGUGGCCGGUGACCCUGAUUUCAACAAGAGAGAAAAAAGUAUUUAUAUAGGAGAGUAAUUUCCAUCCACUGGCCUAGACUGAAGGCAGUGAGCCUUCGGAGUGGAGCAGAGCAACAGGAUUUUGCUUUUCAAGUGCUGCAGUUUGAACUUCUGCCGUUUUCCCCGGCGUGGGACGCAUCCUUUUCCCAUUGCAAACUCUGCGCAGAGUUCCCACUAUAAACCCACAAGGGUUAAAAACCCACCCCAGAAGGAAUGCGACAAGGGCUCGUCUUCCCCGUGGUCAUAGCUGGUUCCAGAUGCUGCUGGUGGCUCCGCCUUUGCCGCACCCCGAUGAGCAAACAUUUAUUUCUGUGCUGGGCUGUUUAAAGCCUCUCCGUAGGGAACGUGGUAGUUUGCAACCCGUGGUGCUGAAUUGGAAGCUCUGAAGGUGGAGGGCUUGCUUUGUAUUUAUUUAACGUUCGCCGUAGUCAUUGCACUUGGUCUAAAGUACUGUAGAGGAUUUAUCCUUGGAAACAAAGGUGUUUUUGUAAGCUUUCCUUUUAAAAACUUGAAACGGACAAAUAAAAGAGGUG